AUGGAAACAUUUUCGAUAGCUAGUUUAAUUCAUGAAUCCAUUUCAACGGAGAAUAUUCAUCGAAAUAAUUCAGAAGAAGCUGAAGAAGAAUGUGAUGAAUUAGACAAAUUCAUGGAUUCAUCAUCUGUUAUAGAUACAUUUUGUAGUCAGACAUCAUCACCAUCACCAAGGUCAUCAAGACAUCAACACAGUGAGUUAACACAGCUUAACAGUCCAGAUACUACAACACCACAUAAUAAUAAGACAAGUGAUUGUGAUUAUAUUGAUGAAACAUUGAUGAAUUCUACUAAUGGCUAUUUAAUCAAUUCAACAAAAAUCAAUAAUUUAUCGCUGAAUGAGACCAAUAUAAAAUCUAUGGAGGAUAUACUAGAAAGGAAUCAUGAAUUUCUGUUACAAAACUUUAUGCAAACAAAAAUUGCCAAUUUAAGCCAUACUGAGAUGAAACAAUAUUCUACAGAAUGUAUUCUACCCUACUUAGCAACAAAAUCACUUCCCAGUAUAAUAUGGACAAAUUCAAAUUCACCGCAUUUUAUUUACAAUGAUGCAUUUAAACAACAAAAAGAUGUUAAAUCGAUCAAAGAAGAUAAUAAUAAUAAUAAUUGUACAUUGAACAAGUGUAACUCUUAUCAGUUGAACAACAAUAUUGAUCAGAGAAAUGUAAUAUCCAGUGAAAUUAGCACUACUACUAAUAAAAGUGAUGGUGAAGAUAAGAAUGACGCUAAAGGUAACUAUGGAAACAAUGAUUAUUCAGAGAAAUUACUCAAUAUAUUCAAAGAAUAUGGAUUAUAUUAUUCUUUAUUGAAGAAUAAACAAGCAGCAUUCAUAUCUAAUUAUUUUCAAUCAGUAAUUAACAACGAUGGAUUAAAUACCGAGAAUACUACUACUACCAAUAAUAAUAAUAAUAGUAGUAGUAUGAAUUGUAAUGACAUCAAAAAUUUAAUAACAACACCACCGUUAACAUCGUCAUCGUCAACAUCAUCAGCAGUAACAUCGAUAACAGCAAUGGGGAUGUUAUCUACACAAUCAACUAUUCGUCGUAAACGAACACGAGCUGCUUUUUCACAUGCACAAGUUUAUGAACUUGAAAAACGUUUUAAUUAUCAACGUUACUUAUCAGCAACGGAAAGAUCUGAAUUGGCUAGAUCAUUAAGGCUGUCUGAAACACAGGUGAAAAUCUGGUUUCAGAAUAGACGAUAUAAAACUAAGAAACGAUUGACCAAUCAGUUAGUGAACCCAUUGAAUUCAUUGGCGGAAAAUGCAAUUCAAGGUCAUCAGCAUAACUAUCAUCAAUAUUCAAAUUUCAAUAAUAAUAAUAAUAAUAAUAAUAAUAAUAAUAAUAAUGAUCAGCAAUAUUCAUUUUCUGAACAAAUUACAAAAUUCAGCAUGAAUGAAUUCAGCCCUCAUCAUCGACAGCAUCAACAGCAGGAACAGCAACAACAACAACAGCGAUAUAACCCAGAAGAAUCGAAUAGUACAGUAAAUCAUACUGUGAAAGGGAUAUUUCAUUUCAACGAAACACCUCACUUACUCUCCAAACUAUCUCAUUUGAAUUCAAUCAAAUCAAAUGACUACUCGCUUAUGUCAGAUAUCGAUCAUAAUAAUCCCAUAGCAAGUCAACAUCAUAAUCAGAGAUGUAGUCAAAUGAGUGAAAAAAAUUUGAAUGAAUACAAGUCAGGCAGUGUAAUAAAAUAUUUAAAUGUCAAGGAGAAUUUAUCCUUACCACCGCUGAUACCAUCAUUGCUGAUGCCACAGUCUUCAAAAUCAUCACCACUAGAGAUGGCUAAGAGAACACUGUGCGCUGAAGUACAAGAUCGUUUAAAUCGUUGUGGUGAUAUGUCUUCGUCAAUGAUGAAUUGUACAAAUGUAUCCAGUUGGAUGAAGACAGCAGAACGCUUACGUUAUCAUCAUCAUUACCAUGAUGAUCAUCUUCACCACCAUCACCACCAUCCUCAGCAUCUUCAGCCACGUCAUGUUGAUCUUGUUCAACAGUCAAUAGCUGAAUGA